AUGGCCUCGGGCUCUGCGUCCCGCGACUCUCCCGCGCGGCCUGCGUCGCCGUCGGCCAGCUUCUACGCCAUGAGCGACGACGAAGAGGGCGGCUACAACACAAUCACCCACGCAGAGUCGGGCAGGGGCGUCAAACUCCUCUUUUCCAAGAGCAAGGUCUAUGUCCACCCGACCCCGUCCGCCAAAGACAACAUCCCCGGCUACGUCGCCCUCUUGCAGCAGAAGCCCCCCAAGACCGGUCGCCCGACGUCGUCGUCCUCGCACGACUCCCACCAGUCGCCCGCCUCGUCGGACCUGCUCCUUGCCUGGAUCCCCGAGUCGGCCCUGGGGGACUCGGCCGGCAUCUACGUCAAGGUCGACCUCUGCGACGGGGACUCGCCCCCGAAGCAGUCCUACCUCGUCCCUCCCCCACCCACCGUCACCACCCACAGCGGCUCCGUCGGCGGCUAUGCCUUUGCCAUCCCCGUCAGCGCCGUCUACUCGCUCCUCGUGCGCCCUCCGAGCCUGGGCUGGUGGUAUGGCUCCGUCAUCAUCAACUCGAGGGCCGGCGACUGCUUCCCCGCCCUCUUCUUCCACGACAACGAGUGCCAGAGCACCAUCUUGCAGAAGAAGAAACUGACCCACGACACCUUUGACCCCUUUGGAGAGGCUGGCCAGAUGUUCUGGGGCGCCGACGAGGUCUUGCGCUGGCUGCGUCGCUACGUAAAGAUUGAGAGAUCCGCCGCCGAGCCCAACAUCUACCUCGUCGAACCCAGCCACGAGGACCUCGAGUCGUUUGGCGGUGCCAAGCCCGCGACCGCCCGCACAGGCCAACCCGGGGCGUCAGGAAGUCGGGAUGCCGAAAUGGACCCCUUUGUCAAGUUGAUCAAGGAGACUGGCUGGAAUAUCUUGAAUCAGUUCAGCAAGGUCACCACCUUGACUAGGAGGGCCGCCCAGGAUCUUGCCGAAAACUCCAACAUGCCGCCGCAGGUCAAGCGACUGCUGCGAAAUCCCGAGGUCCAGACGCUGCAGGACGAAUUCGACAGUGCUCGCAUCUACCUCGCGCGAUGGGCUAUGGGCAUCGCCGAGCAGAGCGAGAGAGACCGACGAGGCCGCAUCUGGACCGUCCGCGACGUCGCCGAGCUCGAAGACACCGACGUUGGCGAGUUUGAGCUGCUUGAAGGCACCAGCUCCUUGUCGUUGGAGGAGAGACGCAAACCAGUGACGGCCGCCGAGUGGGCGACCUUCUUCGACUCGGAGACGGGCCGCCUGUCGCUGACGGUCGACGAGGUCAAGGAGCGCAUCUUCCACGGCGGCCUGGACCCCGACGACGGUGUUCGCAAGGAGGCCUGGCUAUUCCUGCUGGGCGUCUACGAGUGGUACGGCACCGCCGACGAGAGAAAGGCCCAGAUCGCGUCCCUCCGAGACCAGUACUACCGGCUGAAGCUCACAUGGUGGGAGCGGUUGGACGGCGAGGGCGGCGAGGGCGAGGCUGGCGAGUGGUGGCGCGAGCAAAAGGGCCGCAUCGAAAAGGACGUGCACCGGACGGACCGCAACGUGCCCAUCUUUCAAGGCGAAGACACGCCGCACCCGGACCCCAACUCGCCCUUUGCCGAUGUGGGGACCAACGUGCAUCUGGAGCAGAUGAAGGAGAUGUUGCUCACGUACAACGAGCACAACAAGGACCUCGGCUACGUCCAGGGCAUGUCGGAUCUGCUGGCGCCCAUCUACGCCGUCAUCCAGGACGACGCCAUUGCCUUCUGGGGCUUUGAGCGCUUCAUGGACCGCAUGGAGCGCAACUUUCUGCGCGACCAGUCGGGCAUGCGGGCGCAGCUGCUCGCGCUCGACCAGCUCGUCAACUUUAUGGACCCCAAGCUGUGGAACCACCUGCAGCGCGCCGACAGCACAAACUUCUUCUUCUUCUUCCGCAUGAUUCUCGUCUGGUACAAGCGCGAAUUUGCCUGGCUCGACGUGCUGCGCCUGUGGGAGGGCCUGUGGACCGACUACCUCAGCGCCGAGUUCCACCUGUUUGUCGCGCUGGCCAUUUUGCAGAAGCACCGCGACGUCAUCAUGGAGCACCUCAAGGCGUUCGACGAGGUACUCAAGUACGUCAACGAGCUUUCCAACACCAUCGACCUUGAAUCGACCCUGAUUCGCGCCGAGGCCCUGUUCCGCAAGUUCCAGCGCCUCGUCGAGGCCAUUGACAAGAAGCAAAACUUUCCUGCACCCCGGCCCGCAGACCCAGCUAGCCCGGGAAGCUCUUCGCUGCCUGCGCCUGCUCCGACAUCCGAUACAGCGCCCGGCACAACGCCCGGCGGCAGCAAUAAGGCGCAAAAAAUCAUCACGCCGGAGCUGCGCAAGCUGCUGAGCAGGAAGUUCGAGGUGCUACCGCGUAAGACGGUGGCGCAAAAUGGCGAUGGGAUGCCGGCCUCGUGA